AUGUUCUUCUGCAGCGACAUUAUUACAAACACCUGCCACAGGUCUCAAUUAUGGAUCACAUACAUACGGUUGCUGUUUAGUAACACGUCUGCUGUAAACUUAUGCAGCUUAGUACUGGAUCGUUUUAUUGCCAUCAUCCAUCCUCUAAAAUACAUUACUUUUAUGACUCGCCCUCGAAUUACUCAAGCUAUUUCCUUCUCUUGGGUUCUACCAGUUAGUUUUAAUGUGCUAAAAGUUACCCUUUAUACGUAUACGUUUUAUUUCAAAACAAUUCCUGCUCCCGCUUGUAUUUGGCUGAAUAUCAUUUUCUUCGAGUUCCUACCGAGUGUUGUCUUAAUACUCUGUUUUGUAUCAACGAUAUUUCACCUACGCAGGCAAGGUCGGUCAGCACACAUCGUAACAAAGCAGUUACGUUUUAACCAUCAGAUGUCGUUUAAAAUCCAUCACGAGAGGCCUAGGUCUGCAGUAAUAAUGAUGGGUCUUGUCAUAGGAGUGUUUCUUGUUUGCUAUGGGAUGUAUCUGCGUUGCAGUUUUACACUAUUCCACACCACCUCAUGUAAUGAUGAAAACUACAAGAUUCCUUUCUUGGUUUUAAACUCAGUUAUUAACCCUCUGGUUUAUGCCUUUUUCAAAAGAGACAUAAAGAAAGAGUUUAAAAGACUUCUUGGAGCUGUGUUUUAAUUAAAGAAAAUAUUAGUAAUGUUAACAAAAGCCUACCAUUUUACGAGCGUACGCGUAACUCGUUGUUGUAGGAUGUAGGUCUUUUAAGACGGUGAAAGGCUUGAGAAGAGACUGAUAAAUCUGUGACUCUUGGACUGAAAGCGAAUUGAAAUUUGGAAAAUGGCGUAUGAGGAAAGAAAACAAGAACAUUUGUACGCUAAGAGAAUUUAAAAUACUAGGGAAAGGACUAUUAAGAUUCACCCAGUCAUGAGGGAGGCAAAAGUCACAUCACAUGGAACUUUUUAGUAUGACAUCGUAAGAGUAUAAUUCAAAUUUAUGUCCACAUCCUCCUAGUAGAGCCUUUGUUUCACUUUUGGCGCACUGUUAAAAAAGAAAUACUCUGCAUGAAUCGGGUAAGAUCACUGUUGAGGGUCUCUGAUAGGUUUUUCGGGAUCCGGGAUUUCCCUUAUUUGCUCGGGAUUCGGGAUUUUAAAGCAAAAUCGGACAAGAUUUGGGAUUGAAAGUAUGCGUGAGAGUUAGAAUGCCGAAAAUAACCCUCGGGGCUACGGGAUUACACGAAAUUUUGGGUCGGGAUUACAGGAUUGAAGAACCCUACAGUGGGGACCCUCAUUGUUGAGCUUUUGAGUUAAGUAGUAGCAACUGCUACACAUGUCCAAUACUCUCGACUAGAUUCCAGUGGGCAAAGCCUGGAGUCCCAUGGAGUCUGUUCGAAAAAUGAAACCGGAAGUACAGUCGAGUCCACUUGAAUUACCGGAAGUCUAGCCAUAAGAUGAAACCGGAAGUGUAAACAAUUGCAAUAGUUUGAGAAGGGGUGGAAAGUCGUCCGAUGGAGUCCAUCGGCUGCACAUGUAACAUAACACGUUUUUACUGUCGCAAUUUGUAAUAAUCCUCGCGCUUUGUAAUAGACCGUGUCGCACUUUGUAAUAAAAAAGCUGUCGCAAUUUGUAAUAACAGUCCAUCACACUUUGUAAUAAACUAAGCUGUCGCAAAUUGUAUUAAUUCCAUCGCACUUUGUAAUAAUAAUUUGAGAGUGAUUCGACUUACUUCGUCAACAUUAAUAUAAUGUCAAAAUAUGCAUGGUACUUCAUAAACAAAGAUGAUGACGUCUGCUAGCACGUAACAUCUCCGUUCAUUCAAACCAUUUAACUUUAUUCUCAGUCCUAAACAUUUUUUUAAAAUUAAUGUUGAUUAGUUAUGUGACUUACGAAAUGCUGUAUUCUUAAACCUUGCUAUUGUACUAGGUGUUUUGCAUUCAAUGGUUACCCGACGGGUGUACUUCCUUAUAUGGCCAAUACGGGGAUGUGCCUCUGGACAGAGCAUUGUCAGAGUACAGGAUCUAGACACACUAGACACAAACGAGCCAUUAUUAAAAAGCAUUUAAUUUCCACAAAUCUUAACAUUCAUCCUACGUCAUUCGAAUAAGGACACCAGGAAAGUUCAAGCUUUCCUGCUAGAUCUUAUAACAGGUCGACACAACACGUGGUGAACCGUCCUUGUCUAACGCGCAAUCUUAAAGAAGUAAUAGUGGCUUCCAUAUUUUGGGCCAACUUAAUCAAACGAGGCCUCAAGAUUCAAAACGUUUACUGCAAAUAAAAAAAAAAACGUCACCAGUGGCAAACUGUCGAACCACAACAGAAGCAUGUCAUAAACACAAAAUCCAAUUAGUCGCUGGCCAAUCACCUUGCAUGUAUCUGUUUUUAUAAAACUUACUUAGGGUCUUACACUGAGCCGGCUGGCCAUUUGCUCUAUUAUUCUCACUUGAUUUGGUCCCAUACAGGAACAAAAGGAUUACUCAUUCCAUCUUAAAAUAAUUUUUUCUAUAUGGAGUCCUCUAAAGGAAAUACCGUGGGGAUAGUAAAAAAAUUCCCUUCAGUACGCAUAUACAACUCGUAAUUAACACCUUGCAAUUCUUUUUCAGGUCUACCGUUUUUCCACAAAAGAAAGGAAGGGGUGGAAUAAACCAUCCAUUACUAUUUGAGUUACCUCAUCUAAGGAUCAAACCAAAGACACAAGGCCGACAAGGUAAAAAAUGAUACCCUAUUAAAGGCUUGGAGAGUUUGCCAGACACGAGUUCACAAAUCUUUGAUCACAUUUAUAUUGGAAACCUUACCAGACAAUCUUUCUCUCUCUUUGACCGGAAUAAAACUCAGCCCCAAACAAGCAAGACGAGUGAACAACGGCUAGCUUAUCUCUAGCAGACUGAUGGACAUUUACAGAAAUUCGCCGACAAUCAAAAUCUGUGCUGACUUAUUCCCUGCUCACAGAUGUUCUUCCGUUAUUAAGUUUCAAAUAAGACUAGAAUGCGCUAGCGUGAAUCGAUCAAACGUCCUGUUAAUUUCUAAGGCUUACUUUCCCGCAAAUAAAAUGAACUGAAUGUAAAAAGGGAAAGAGAAAUAGUGAAUAAUUCAACUUUUAAUUAAACCUUUUCUUAUGGUUUAGAAUAAACUAUUCUCGAAACUGAAAAUGUUUUGAUCAAAGCUGUGUAAAUCGAGCUGAAACUGUGCAUGGAACCUUGCGUUUCCUGUAUUUAUCUCACCUAUUGUAUGGAAUCACCUAUUGUGUGGAAUAUGUGUGAAAAUCUUCAUUAUGAAUCGGUAUAUUUCAAAGAGCUACACAACGAGCAAGAAUACUAUUGACCGACAAUAUAAAGAACGGGGGCAGCUGUAGUGUCAACUAUUACUAGUUACAAAUUGCGACAGUACACGCUUUCUUUAAGUCCUAAGUCGAGACUGGCACGCAUAACAUGUAACAUGAGUCGGAAAGUCGAAACAAACACGCAACACAUGUGAGAUUACACUUUCUUGAAGCCGAAACACUCUCAUUUCUGUGGUUCACUUUAUAAUUAAUGGCGUUAACUUGUUUCUUUCACUGCAGCAUUAAUUAUCUCCGACCAUUUUAUCCCUCUCAAUACGACUGACACACUUCAAAAAGAAUUCUUAUACUUAUUAUUGCAGAUGGCAUGAGUUAGCUUUUAUUAAGCAAAUGCAACUGCAUAUUAUUUAGCCUGCAGUUAUCCACGGGGGAUCACACCCAUUUGCUUUUGAUUAUAAUUACAUAAUUAUGUUGGAGGGUACGAGACGUAUGCAACAUUGGCUAACCUCUCCUAACAACAGCAACCCUAUGUAAAUGCCAGAAAAUUUUUUUUAGAACCAGAGUGCUGGGUUCAAAUUUUCUUUAACUAAAAGAAGAUUUAGUACAUCUCACCUUCCAAUAGUAGGACUCGCCUUCCCUCAAGCCCCCAAGUCAGUAACAAUUUACUCCAGUUCUCUCCCGCCCUACCAUCCCUGACUUUUAAUGGGCCUCUCCACCAACCCUCGCAACGUUCUGCGAUACACGUAUUUCUAGUAAUCUAUAGUUGAUAAGAACUUCCUUUAAGUUAAAACAGAUGGAUACUUGAAUUGGUAUUAGCCUUAGCCUUAGCCAGUAUUAGCCUUAGCCUUAGCUGGUUUCUUUCAUUACUGAGCAUAACUGGAAAUGGAUUUACAAUCUUCCUCGUUUGCAGCAGAAGAAAUCUCCGCACGAAAACCAACGCGUUUAUUGUUUCACUUGUCAUCGCCGAUUUCUGUGUUGGUUUGAGCGACAUU